CGCCUUAUUCAAGUUACUGAGGCAAAACGUUGGACACUAGCUGCACACCAACCUGCUUAACGAAACGAUCCUGCUUUACUCUCUGUGAGAACUCACGCUAUUUUUCCACACUUUUUGGACACCGGUCAAACAGUGACUCUCUGAAAAUAGCUGAGCCAACGAUUGGAGCUUCUGUUACGGGGAAAAAGCCACAACGUGUCUUGAGAUAUAUCUACUUUGCUAGUUGUGAUUCGAGAUGAGAAGUGAACCGCUGCUCGUCUUAACAUCCUGGACAGCCGAGUGACCUUUUUCGGCCAAACUACAAACAGAGAUGAAAUGGGAAAUGACUAGGUGGUGGGAGUCUUCGUCUUAACAAAGAACAUUAAUGAAAAUCUGCCAUGCUACAUGGGAAGGUUCAGAACUUCUCCCUACACGUCUGUUUCAUCAUCGUCCUCAUUGUUGCUUUAGUUGAUGGUCACGUUUACCCAAGUUUUUCACAAGAUGACACAGAAUUCCAGCAUCUGGUGCUCCAUCCGGACCCAUCUGUUGGGAAAGUGUAUGUAGGGGCCAGGGACCACCUCUUUCAGCUGGAUGGAUUAGAUGGACUCAGGUUGGAACAAGAAGAGAGGACUGGUCCUGUGAGUGACAGCAAAGACUGCAUUCCUCCUGUCACAGAGUCCAACUGUCCCCAGGCCAGGAAAACCAGUAAUCACAACAAAUUAUUGCUGGUGGAUCCCAUAGGAUUGGAAUUGAUCACCUGUGGCAGUGUUUACCAGGGUACAUGCCAAAAACGGAGCCUGACUUCAAUCAGACAGGUUCUUUUCUCUACUGAGAGGCCAAUGGACACUCAGUAUGUGGCAGCCAAUGAUCCAUUGGUUUCAACAGUGGGGCUUGUGGUGGGGCUUCAGGGUAUCGAAAGGUCUGUAAUGUACGUGGGGAGAGGCUACACUGCCAGCCAGCCACCCAUUUCCACCCGACACCUUUCAGCAGAGCCAAUUUUUUCAUAUGAAGAGACGGCAAAGCUUGCUGUAGCUGGCCGUCUGUCAGAGUAUGACCAUCAUUUUGUGACCACUUUCACACGGCGAGCAUAUGUAUACUUCCUGUUUUACCGACGAGACAUAAAGUCAUCAUCGAGGGAAUAUCAGACGUAUGCAGCCAGGGUUUGCCUUAAUGACACAUCUUACUAUUCCUAUGUGGAAGUUCCUCUUGUUUGUCGAUCACCAUCCUCUCCUUCUAGAAUUUACAACCUUCUCCAAGCAGCCCAGGUGGGUCAAGGUGCAGGCAGGGAGGGUCAGGACUUGCUGGGAGUUUUCUCCACACGCGUCAGCUCCACUAACCAAAAUCCAUUGGAUGGCUCAGCUUUGUGCAUCUUUCCUUUGGAAGCACUUGACAGACGCAUUGACUCUAUAAGAGACAUGUGUUACACCCAAGACGGGAUAUUGGAAGAUGGAAAAGAGGUGGCCUACAUAGAGUAUGAGGUCAAGUCUAGCUGUGCCAAACUACUAAGGAACACUCUUCAAGCAUAUCCCUGCGGCUCUGACCACACUCCGAGUCCUAUGGCAAGCAGAGUGCCUGUUGUAGCUAAGGCUGUGUGGCAAACGUUCUCGACUCACCUCACUGCUGUUGCAGUCAGUGUGAGGUACGACCACAGCAUUGCUUUCCUUGGAGACUCAAAAGGGACGCUUCACAAGGUAUAUCUGGGCCAAGAUAGCCAAGUAGAGGUGUAUGCCAAUGUGACUAUCCAGCCCUUUUCCCCCAUUAACAAGGACCUAUUACUAGACCAGAAAGGCGCACACAUCUACAUUAUGACCAAAGCUUCAAUAGAGAAGCGUCCUGUGGCAGAAUGUGGAGAUCACCUGGAUUGCCACUCUUGUCUGUCUGCCAAUGAUCCGUACUGUGGCUGGUGUGUUCUGGAUGGACGGUGUGGACAACGUUGGGAGUGCCGGCGAGGGUUAGACAAGGGUCAGUGGUUGUGGAGUUUCAACCACACGCAACAGUGCCUCAGCAUCCAGGAUCUCAGCCUGUACAACAUCAGUCAUGGGGAGAAAACAAAUAUAGCAGUGUCAGUCGAAGGACUCCCUAGUUUGGGAGAAGGAGAAGCCUAUUCAUGCUUCUUCCAUGAUGCAGAAACUCCCGCCUUGUUUACGAACACUGGUGUUGUUUGCCCAACCCCUGAUGCUAGUCAUCUGCCCCCUAUUGUACAUGGAGAUGACUUCGUGAUGGUGAUCCUGUCCCUACGUUUCCUCAACGUAACAGUAGCAGAGACAGAAUUUACCUUGUUCGACUGUGGCCUUGUGCAGAAGCUCUCUGAACGAAGGCCAUGCCAAGGGUGUGUCAGUAGCCGCUGGGGCUGUAACUGGUGUAUCCACGAGCAUGUAUGCACACACAGACACACCUGCGGCCAAGGAGUCACUAUCCACAAUCAAAAUUUCAAACCACCGACACCCACCAUUCCACAACCCACCAGAAAACAGGCCACUUUAACUGUGACAACUGCUACAACAACAGCAAUAACAGAGAAGCAGCUGCCACCCACCAUGGCUACUGCUGCGUCCACUGCAGUUGUCACCACAGCGACAAGCCCUACUACGCUUAUCAGCGGGUCCACAUCACAUCAUGCCAUGGACACCACACCACACUUCAUAAGGACCACCAGCCCGGACCCAGAUGUCAGCUUCACAGACACCAGUUCUAUUUUUGACAUGCUGACAACCUCUGACUCAAAUGUGGCCACAACCGGACAUAUGUCAGAGGAUGAAAUGGUUGACAAAGCUAGCAAGACAUCUCAAAUUACUUUACCUAGCAGCACGAUUGGCCCUGUAGACUAUGAAGUGGGCAUUGUAGAACCUUCCGGCGAGGCAGCUAGCUCUUCUUCCGGUAUAAGUUCAACCACAUCCGGUGAAGUUGUUACUCUGCCAGACUUUGCUGGCAGUGAAUUGACUGAGGAAAUACCAGUCAUAAGCUCUGAUAUGAGUGAAACUUCUCAAUGGGAGUGGGAGAGGUCUGAUGGUGGGGUAGAUGGGGACAGAAUUCCCUUUUUUCAGACUGAGGCUAAUGAAACCCUCACCAACACACAAUCUCCGGGCAUGGUUAUUGAGCCCAACUUUCAGUUGGACAAAAAUUACCAAGCAGAUUCAUCGGUUUCUUACUUAAUGGAUUGUCCUUGUGUGGAGAAAGUUCAGGAUUCCGCCCUCCUUCCUAUCAAUGUAGAAAGGAAGAUUACACUUUUGGGACAACACCUGGAUCUCUUUCAGGAUGAAAAUCUGGACUACGAGUGUGUGUUGGACAUUGAGAAUCAGUCAGUGGUGGUCGAAGCAUCUGUGGAGCUGGAUGCCAAACAGCCUUCCAUCUUUUUGAUUACCUGCAAACCGCAUCAGUUUACUUAUUCUUCUUUGAUGGAGGAAUACUCGGCCAUGAUCAGCGUAAGAAGAAAAGAUAACUUCCUCAUUGAUGGCGCUGAUGACCUUUUCGUGACUCUGUACAACUGUUCUGUGGGGAGAUCCGACUGUAGUCGAUGUCGUACAGCCGAUCCCAAGUAUGCUUGUGUCUGGUGCGGGGGGCCUGCUAGCUCCCACUGCAUCUACCAUGGGUCCUGCACUGAUGACGUCAAACACACUUGUCCUGCACCUGUCAUUCACUUCUUGGAUCCUGUGACUGGCCCUGUAGAGGGAGGAACCUUGGUGACUAUUUCAGGUUCCAAUCUUGGCCAGAGGGCUGAAGACAUUCACAACUCUGUCACACUUGCCGGGGUUCCCUGCAGUGUCAUCCAUAGCAGAUAUGAAGUCUCUUCAAGGAUAGUGUGUGAGACUACAAGCAGCCAGGAGGAAAAGAGUGGGCAGGCAUCCGUCAAAGUAAGCGGGGGAGGACUGGGACUGUCUGUCCAGAUUUUCAGCUUUCAGGAUCCCAUACUGAAUGGUAUUUCCCCCAAGAGAGGGCCUAAAGCAGGGGGCUCGUCUGUCACCAUCAAAGGUCGCUGGCUGAAGACGGGCCACCCAAGUGAUGUCAGCGUUCUCAUCGGAGGAAUACCAUGUAUGGUGCUAAGCAUAGAGGAGGAUCAGAUCUGCUGUUUGACCAGAGGCAGUAACAGAACAGGCGAACAUGGCAUCAUGGUGCGCUUUGGAGGGGCCGAACGCCACCUACAGGGUGUUGUGUUUUACUACACAUCCAACCCCAACAUAUCUCGGGCAGCACCAUCUAAAAGCUUUCUCAGUGGAGGCAGAAUUAUAAGAGUGUCCGGUCAAAACCUGGAUGUGGUUCAAGACCCCAAAAUUCGGGUCACCCUCAGCCCACCUGAUUCCCUUCCUCCACGGAGGAGGCGGAGCAAUAGUCAGUUGAAUGAAGGACAAAAUCAAAAGACACCCCUGAAACGGGGGAAGAGGAUCAUCCCAGAGGUGGACUGCUCUCAGGGUGCACUAUGCCAUGUCAAGCAGUAUGAGUCACGCUGUUCAAUUAACAGCUCUACGCUCAUCUUGUGCCCGACACCGGCUGUGGGACCAGAUGCCAGGAGAGCUCGGGUCAAAGUUCAUUUCCUGCUGGACAGUCUUCAUUUUGAUUUUAACACAGUAGGCAAUGAAGCCUUUAGCUAUGAGCCCAACCCAAAGCUCUACAUGCUGAAUCGCAAUCACCCGGACAAACCAUACCACCACAAACCUGGCAGCAUAAUCUCUGUUGAGGGAGAGAAUCUGGACCUGGCCAUCUACAAACAUGAGGUCCAGGCCAGAAUCGGUGACGGGAUAUGUUCAGUGAAGACCCUGACCCACAACCAUUUGUACUGUGAACCACCAGCCAAGCAGCCAUCUGUACGCACGAUCCAGAAAAAAGAUAUUAUGGACAGUCUUCCAGAGUUCACUGUGAAAAUGGGCAACAUGAACUUCUCUUUGGGUAGAGUUCAGUAUGACAGCCAUGGCUUGUCCAUCUUUCCCCUGGAGGCCCAAGUGGGUGUUGGGGUGGGGGCCUCAAUAGUGGUGCUUAUUGUGCUAAUAAUAGUUCUCAUUUACCGGAGAAAGAGCAAACAGGCUAUGAGGGAUUAUAAAAAAGUACAGAUCCAGUUGGAGAAUCUAGAGACCAGUGUGCGUGAUCGCUGCAAAAAGGAGUUCACAGACCUGAUGACCGAGAUGAUGGACAUGUCUAGUGAUUUGGUGGGCUCGGGAAUUCCCUUCUUGGAAUACAAGGCGUACGCAGAGCGCAUUUUCUUUCCAGGCCACCAGGAGUCACCAUUGAGACAAGAUUUGGAUGUCCCAGAAAGCCGAAGGCAAACAGUGGAACAAGGGCUUGUUCAGCUGUCUAACUUGCUCAACAGUAAACUGUUUCUCACCAAGUUUAUUCAUACUUUGGAAGCUCAGCAGACAUUUUCCCCAAGGGACCGGGCCUAUGUAGCCUCUCUGCUGACUGUGGCCCUUCAUGGUAAACUGGAGUACUUCACAGACAUUCUAAAGACUCUGCUUAACGACCUGGUGGAGCAAUAUGUGGCUAAGAACCCAAAACUGAUGCUUAGGAGGACUGAAUCAGUGGUUGAGAAGCUCUUGACAAACUGGAUGUCCAUUUGCCUGUUCAACUUCUUGCGGGAAUCAGCAGGAGAGUCAUUCUACAUGCUGUUCCGGGCAAUUAAGCACCAGGUGGACAAAGGACCUGUUGAUGCUGUGACAGGAAAAGCCAAGUACACUCUGAACGACAACCGGCUGCUGCGAGAGGAUGUCGAGUACCGCACCUUGACCCUCAAUGUUGUGAUGCCAGCUGCUGCUGCCAGUGGAGGAGCCUCAUCUCAGACAGUGCCUGCCAAGGUCCUCGACUGUGACACCAUCACCCAAGUCAAGGAGAAACUUUUGGACCAAACAUGGAAGGGGACAUCUGUUUCCCGGAGACCGCAUGCCGACUCCUUACAUCUUGAAUGGCGCUCAGGUGUGGCUGGUCACCUAAUCCUGUCAGAUGAGGACUUGACAUCAAUCGUACAGGGCUCGUGGAAGCGCCUCAAUACUUUGCAACACUACAAGGUCCCUGAUGGAGCCACUGUCGCCCUCAUCCCCAGAAGCACUAAAAAUCACCUCCAUGACAGUCAUGAUUACAUGCCUGGAGAAAAGACUCCUAUGCUGGAUGAUGGUGAGGAAGGCGGCGUUAAACUGUGGCAUUUGGUGAAAGCCAGCGAGGAGUCAGAACUGCCUAAACAUAGAAGGGGCAGUCUGAGAGAGAAGGGUGGUGAACGAGCUAAGGCCAUUCCUGAAAUUUACCUCACACGACUUCUCUCCAUGAAGGGCACGCUACAGAAGUUUGUGGAUGAUUUAUUCACGGCAAUCCUGAGCACUAGUCGUCCUGUCCCUCUGGCUGUCAAAUACUUUUUUGACUUGCUGGAUGAACAAGCCUUGCAGCACAACAUAAGUGACUCGGAGACCAUCCAUAUCUGGAAAACCAACAGCUUACCGCUGCGAUUUUGGAUCAACAUCCUGAAGAAUCCGCAGUUCAUCUUCAAUGUGCAGACUUCAGACCACGUUGAGGCAGUGCUGUUUGUAAUCGCUCAGACUUUUAUGGACUCUUGCACCAUUGCUGACCACAAGCUGGGACGGGACUCCCCCAUCAACAAGUUGCUCUACGCAAGAGACAUCCCACGCUACAAACAGAUGGUGGAGAGGUACUAUGCAGACAUCCGUCAGACAAUCUCAGCCAGUGACCAGGAGAUGAACUCAGCUCUGGCAGAGCUCUCCCGUAACUAUGCCGGAGAGGUCAACUUCCUUGUUGCUUUGCAUGAGCUGUACAAGUACAUCAACAAGUACUACGAUCAAAUCAUCACAGCCCUGGAGGAGGACUGCACAGCCCAGAAGAUGCAACUCGGAUAUAGGCUGCAGCAGAUUGCUGCUGCCGUUGAGAACAAAGUCACAGAUCUAUGACCCAACAUCCAGAUGCGUUUUCCCCUAGAACCACAAACACUUUAAAGGGGAAAGAUCACACCUUCUGGAAAGCCAAAUUUUAUACACAGAUGGAAUAGAGACAUUGUGGAGCUCUUGGGAAAGGGAAAUGUUGUUUGCUAUCUUUGAUGGUUUUUGGAUGAAGAACCACACAAAACAUUCCUACAACUGUUGAAGUAAACACAUUAGUCCUCAGAAAACGCGGAGAUGAAGAAAAUGUGAAAGACAACUUGACUUGAACGGCUACCCCAACUCUUUAAAAAGUCUUAAUAAUCUGUCAACUUUCACUUGAAAGCGGCCUAAACAAAUUUGCUUCUAGAUUCCGUCAAACAUUCUUUUAAGUCUUACUCAAUUCAUUGUGGACAUUUAGUUCUUAUUGGACAUACUGUAAUUAUAUUUGUUACAGGUUCCCCAUCUCCUCCAAAUAGCUCAUUUAAUGUUUUAUUCAAGCCUUAUACUGUUGUUUUUCACUCAAAAACGGCCGUCCACAAGUGUAUUUGGGCCUUCCAUACUUGGAUAUGCAACGCAUCCUUGAGAUGUCACAAAGGAAUUCCAGUUAAAGGAGUUCAUGAAGAUGUUAAUUUUCUGUUCAUAUAUUUGUCAAGAAAGGUGGUGUUAUUUUUAUUUACUAACAAAGGGAGGAAUGUUGUUAAAUGUGCAGUUCAUAUAAUUGUUACUAGGUCAAAAGGCAUGGCAAAAGACCCUUUUGCUGUUGCAAUUAGCAUUCAGACAUUAGCAUUUAGACUCAGACCAUUGUGCAGUUACUGUAGCAAUACAAUUAGUUUUCUUAAUGAUUAGUUUGGUGAUUUGUCAUGUAAUCAUCAAGUUAUUUGCAUCAUUCUUCUAGUAUUUUCUCCUACAAGCUAAAGGAUAUUAGGAAACGUGUUAAACUUGCAUUCACAAAACAGGCUGAUUUUUGUUUUAUUUUAGAUCAAUGAAGGUACCUUUGUUCCUGUGAUUAUUAUUAUUUUUUUUUUUUUUUUUUGCUUUGAAUUGUUUAAGUUAUUGUUAAUUUAUUUAAUUGCAUAUGAUGGAAAACAUUUUUUAGAUUUUGUUGCUGAGAGAUGCUCUUCCAAGUAAAGAAAACAGCCAUCUUAAACCUUUGGUUGUUUAAGAUGUGAGUUCUUAAAAAUGUCAAUUUUCUUUUUUCAUUUUGUAGUACUGACGAAUGUUGCAAGCCCUCAUGCACCUUGUACAUACACGCUAGUGUCGCUUGUAGCUUGCGUGUGGCUCUGAAGUUGCCCUUAAUUGUUGUGAUUGUGUUCUGUAGAUGCACGUUGUUUUAAAAAAAAAACCUAACAAUGACUGAAUGUGCCGCAAUAAAGUGUUC